CAAUCACAAUCACAGCAGAGCAUUCUCAGAUGUAGUCAGCUGAAACACUACAUCGCUGCUCCAACCCCAAUCCAGUGACAUCUUCGCCAAUCAUAUUCCGAAAGCACAGAAAGAAGCGAAUAUUCGAAUUUAGGGCUCAAAUUAUUCACAUUUCCUACCGUUUAAUUCCACCACAGAACUCAAGCAAACUCGAUCUCUCUCGCGAGACCGUUUGGUUCUUAAUUCUUUGCUUAGGAUCUCAGGGAACAUAUUACACCAUCCAUAUUGAAAUCAUUGCUUCAUUUGAUACACAGAACAUGAAGUAUUUGGAAUACACUCCCCUUGACCGCUAUGGGUUUACGCAUAUUUUUCGUCGCUAGCUCCGGAGCUCAAGGUGAAGGUGCCUCUUGUGAUUCCUUACUCUCACGUAUUUGAGGGCCGGUACCGGUCGAGGGCUCGGGAGACUCUGCCCUACCUGCGGCAGUUCUUUGAUACGGUGCGGGCGACCGAGAUCACUUGGCAGCCCUGGGCGCCCUUGGGAGGAGAUAUCCGUUUCCGAUUCCCUGGGGGGUGGGCCUCUUCUCUAUACAAGAUUUUAUUUGAGGGGCCAGUUAGUAGGGCCUGGUUUUUAGGAGAUCGCUUCAUGCGUCAGACGAUGGGCGUCCCCGAUCAGAGUAUUCCUUCAGUACCUCCAGAGGACAUGCGGUCCACUGAGGGACUCACUCUCGAGGAGGUUGACGUCGCUAUGUUGGGUACUAAUGCGAUUCUGCACACGGAGGAGGGGGAGUACGCGACUUACCGCCAUACGUACUUGACGCCACCACUGACAAGUAUCAGUACUCCUGCGAGGAGGGCUGCUGGUGCAUCAUCGUCAACUCGAGCCCGGGCUGCAGAUGCUCCUUCGACUAGCAGGGCCGGCAUAUCGAGGAGUGGGGCUAGACAGAUUCCCCCGAUUCCCCCGACUUAUCAGCACGCUGGGUGGCCAGAUCUUCCGACUGAGUUGACAGGAUGGCGAUACGGGACAUCUUACCCGAUCCCAUUGGAGCCUCCAUUGCCUAAUCACCGAUACGUCAGAGACCCUGACUCGUCACCGCCUCCCAGCGAGUAUAUUGAGGGGUUGCUCAGGUUGGUGGCCUCACUCGAGGGCAUGGUCUUGCGGAGAGAGACGCAACUGUUCAUCAUCGGUGUUUCGAUGCCACCGCUACUGGUUGGGCCAUCCUGGCCUUCUCGAGGAGCUGGGAGAGGGGAUUCGACUCGUAACCGAGGCAGGCGUAGAGCACCUAAUAGAGAUGAUCCGGAGUCCAGCGAGGAGGAGGAGUCUGCACAUCCUCAGUCAGAGACAUCUGCAGGCAGAGAGGAUGACUCUGGAUCCGGUUCUGAGGGCGGAGGUGAUGCCGAGGAGGAUUCCGAGGGCGGCGACUCCGAUUCAGAUGGUGAUGGUGCAGAGGUUGCUCAGUCGAAGAGGACGAAGAGGGCCUCUCAGUCUUGCUCUUGAUAACACUGAUGCAGAUGUUCCUGCUUUGUUUUCUUUUAUUACUAGUAGUUGUAGCACAUCAGCUUUUAGGUAGUUUUAUUUUCUUUAAAACUUGUACCCU